CUCUGUUUUCCGAAAUUUCCCAGCACUCCACAUGCUGUCUUGAAAAACAACAAAUAUAAUAAAUUUUGUUUACGUUCGCAGAGUUAACCAACGCUAUGGCAAAUCCGCAGGAGGACUUGCUACCGCCCAGUGCCGAGGACGACGAAUUGACCCUACCGCGAGCUAGCAUCAAUAAGAUCAUAAAAGAACUGGUGCCCACAGUGCGGGUGGCAAACGAGAGUCGCGAGCUAAUCCUUAACUGCUGCUCAGAGUUUAUCCAUUUGAUCAGCUCGGAAGCUAACGAAGUGUGCAACCUGCGUAACAAAAAGACCAUCAAUGCAGAACACGUACUGGAGGCGCUGGAACGGCUCGGAUUUCAUGACUAUAAACAAGAGGCGGAGGCCGUGCUGCACGACUGCAAGGAGGUGGCUGCCAAGCGCCGCAGACAGAGCACAAGGCUGGAAAAUUUGGGUAUUCCCGAAGAAGAACUGCUACGUCAGCAGCAGGAGCUCUUUGCCAAGGCCAGAGAGGAGCAGGCACGCGAGGAACAACAGCAAUGGAUGAGUAUGCAGGCGGCGGCAAUGGUGCAACGGCCACCCCAGGCAGACGGCUCCGUAGCCAGUAAGCCCAGUGAAGAUGACGACGACGAUGAUGAUGAUGAUUACUAACGGAAAAACAAUUGGUUUCUCUUAAUGCACUAAUGUAAUUUAAUCUUAAAAUAUAUUGCCAUAAGUUGUACUAUCAGCUAA